UUGGUAAAAAAAAAAAAAAGUAUCAUCACUUUUUUGAAGGAUGGACACAAUCAACAUUAAAAGAAGCUCCAAGUCUCUGGAUUACAUUGUAACCACUAACUGGUAAAAGUUGCAUGCCGUCUGUCUUAAGUCUGUGUGUUCGAUAGGAUGGACAGAGUUUUUCUUCUGUUCCGACUGAACGACUUCAUGGAAAGUGAUGAAAUGUUCUCUGCGGGGUACAUCACCUACGUCUUUACUUCUCGAGGAUUUACCGUACACACCAUAUAGUUCUCAAGAAGUUCUGUCUCUGUUUUCUGCGAGUCAAAAAUCUGCAACUCAACAGACCUGUCCUGCAGCUCAUUUUUUUCAAGCAUAAACAUUUGUGUAAUUACUACCCAUACUACAUGAGAUAAUCCAGUGUGAGAAAAUGCUUCACUCCGCAGUUGAAUGGAGGCUUCUCGGCGUGCUGCUGCUCUCCGCGGCUGACUUUUGCGCUGCAAUCAGCUCCAUCGACCCGGACCGACCCGGAGAAGGCAGAUGCCAGGAAAUCUCCAUCCCUCUGUGCAAGGACAUUGGGUAUAACUUGACGGUUAUGCCAAACUUGAUGGGGCACGAGAAUCAGAUCGAGGCUUCCAUAAAGCUUCACGAGUUUGUGCCGCUGAUCGAGUUUGGAUGCCACAGCCACCUCAAGUUUUUUCUGUGCUCACUCUAUGCCCCCAUGUGCACGGAGCAGGUCUCCACGCCGAUCCCAGCCUGCAGGGUGAUGUGCGAGCAAGCGAGACAGAAGUGUUCACCCAUUAUGGAGCAGUUUAAUUUUCAGUGGCCGGACUCACUGGACUGCUCCAGGCUACCUAAUAAGAACGACCCUAACUUUCUCUGCAUGGAGGCCCCCAACAACGGUAGCGACGAUACUUCUUCGAAAGGAUCUCACACCCAGCCUCCAGACUCACGCCCUCCUCGACAUGGCAACAACCAGGAUCUAACGAUUAAGGAGAGGAUGGGGAAAGACACUUGUGGAAACCCUGGGAAAUUCCACUAUGUGCAGAAGAGUGAGUCAUGUGCCCCAAAGUGUUAUCCCAAAGUCGAUGUGUACUGGAGCCAAGCAGACAAGCGCUUCUCCCUGGUCUGGAUAGCUAUCUGGUCCAUCCUUUGCUUCAUCUCCAGUGCUUUUACUGUCCUCACCUUCCUCAUUGACCCACAGCGCUUUAGGUACCCAGAGCGCCCCAUCAUCUUCCUCUCCAUGUCCUACUGUGUCUAUUCCGUAGGCUAUCUCAUUCGGCUUUUUGUUGGGGCUGAAAAUGUGGCCUGUGACCGUGACAGCGGUGUCCAGUACAUCAUCCAGGAAGGCUUGGAGAGCACAGGUUGCACUAUAGUGUUCCUCAUCCUCUACUACUUUGGCAUGGCUAGCUCCCUCUGGUGGGUGAUUCUGACUCUCACUUGGUUCCUGGCAGCAGGGAAGAAAUGGGGACAUGAGGCUAUUGAAGCCAACAGCAGCUAUUUCCACUUGGCUGCCUGGGCAAUCCCAGCCAUAAAGACUAUCCUGAUUCUGGUCAUGAGAAAGGUGGCAGGUGAUGAACUGACAGGCAUCUGUUAUGUAGGCAGCAUGGAUGUCAAGGCUAUGACUGGCUUUGUCCUAAUCCCUUUGUCAUGCUACCUUAUCAUAGGCACUUCCUUUUUGCUUUCUGGCUUUGUUGCUCUUUUUCACAUUCGCAAGGUUAUGAAAACAGAAGGAGAGAACACUGACAAGCUGGAGAAGCUGAUGGUUCGGAUCGGGGUGUUCUCUGUUCUCUACACCGUUCCUGCUACCUGUGUCAUCGCUUGCUAUUUCUACGAGCGUCUUAACAUGGACUAUUGGAAAGUUCUUGCUGUAGAGCAGCGCUGCAUGGAGGGGGUCAACGGGACAGGAGAGGAGUGCACCAUGAAAAGCUCCAUCCCAGCAGUUGAGAUAUUUAUGGUGAAGAUCUUUAUGCUGCUGGUGGUGGGCAUUACCAGCGGCAUGUGGAUCUGGACUUCCAAGACGUUGCAGUCCUGGCAGAAUGUCUUCAGCCGCAAGCUGAGAAAGAGGGCAAGGAGAAAGGCCGCGUGCGUUUUCACAGGCAGUCGGCCAUACCUGAAACCUCACCCUGCACUGAAAGGACACAAAACGAAGUACGAACCCACUGGAGCUCCUGCCACAUGUGUAUGAACACAAAAACGUCCAUGCACAAAAAAAGGAACACACUUAUUGACACUGUUUAUUUUUCGGACCCGUUCAUGUGGGUGAACAAGCAACUUCAAAAUACAAUACGCAAACUUCAUGUAUAUUUUAUGCAAGCCUUAGUUCUUAAAAAAAAACUUGAAGUGUUGUAAGGACAGAUAAUAAUUCUCAUAAUGAUCUGUUUAAAAAUAACCCACCAGCUUUUCAGUUAGUUGCUCUGUACUACUUAUCCACUUAAGGUACUUUGUGGAGUUUGAAAGGGUUUGUUUUUGUUGUCAAAAGCGAUCGAGUCCUCUUUGUGGUUAUGUCACUGGGAAUGGGUGUAUCAUGUGCAAUAGAUGUUUCUCUCAGUGACAGAGAGAAAAAAAGACUCUUAAUACUGUAGUGGCCCAUUAAAGACACUAAAAGGAUUCUGCAUACAAUACUGUGUGUGAAUGAGCUGGGGCGGGAGCUCUUCGGCUGCGUGUUCCUGUGGCUUUUCUAUGGAAAUCGAGGCCGUGUCACACACUGCUGCAUUGACAUUGGGGAGCAGCUGUUGGCUGCUGAGAAUGAACUGGCUAUUGUGAAGGCCCUCCAUGGCAUAAAGCAAAUCUACAAGCACUAAAUGUUGUCGUAAAAGACCGAGGCCUUUGAUGGGGCAUUUUGUACAGGAGGUUCUUAGCCCUUAGCCCUUUGGUUUGUUUUUGUCACACAGAGCUCUUUUUUUUUUUUCUUUUACAGCACAACAAAUCCUUUGUAUAUAUUUCUAAAAAAAGUUCAUAUUUUGUAAAAAAAAGACAAAAAUA